UACGGCGCAGCGACGCUGUGGCACGCCUCCUGACUGUGCAGGACUGUCCUCCACCCCCAACACUAACCCACAGCAACCUGAUACCGGAGACGAGCGGUCCAGACAACCCUGCAAACGAGGCGUUCCCAGCCGCCCUGCUUGCCUGCCUGCCUGUCUGUCUGUCUGCCCAGCGGAGCUCCAAACCGUUAAUGCCAAACGCUGCCAAAGAUCAGACGAAGACAUCUCCACCCUCCGUCGUCUGCCAGCACCGGAGUAAUGAUCUCGUCUUUCACCACCCAGGAAAGCUCAAUGUAGGCGCGGUUUACUCGUGAAUUAUGUUUUUCCCACAACGAGGAACGUGAAAUAUGAUGGGACGGGAAAAACUAACUGGCUAGCUGUUAGGCUAACGCCUGUUAGCUUCGUUAGCAGUCAGCUUUCAACCUAAGCGAGCCAAUUGGCUAAGGUUUAUAUUCCAAAUUCAUGCCUGUUGUUUAGAAAUAGUGCACGGUUUUUGAAAGUGUACGGCUAAGAAUGGUGUGUGUAUAGGCGAAUUAGCUGUGCGUCGUUUUUUUGCGAUAAAUUCUCUCUUUGCCUAAGUUUUCUAGCACCAGACAGUCGCCCUAGGCAGCUAGCAUGUUAGCUAGCAGAUAUGGACGUUGUUCGCUGGCUAGUUGUAAAUGGCAGAUCCGAAAAAUAAGUUAGCUGCUUGGUUUGUCUGCCCGGUCUCUGCUAGAGUCGAUAGCAGGGCUAACGUAACUUUUGUAGGCAGUUAAUGUUAAUUGCUAAAUCACUUCAAGCGACCCCGCCACAACAGCGCCUUUUUUCGCAUCAAUUCUCGAUGUGUUGUUCCAUGCCUGAGAGAGCAGUUCAAGUUAUUGAGCUGACGUGAGGAAAAGGGGGUGAAAACUAAGUGGUAGCUGAAAAAGAAGAGGACCAGAACAAGUAAUACAAGACUUGGAGGAGCUCCCACCACAAAAUCAAAAGUCGAUGUACACUGUCAUGGCUGUUGGCCGAAUCACGAUGAAAUCCCUCGCUAAAUUUGGGUUUUGCCUGGCUAUUCUCCUGACUUCUGUGACCGCAGCGCAGGGCGAGGAAAGGGAGUGUGCCUUCACGGACCAGCAGCAGUUGGAGGUAGAGCGAGUGGCUGGGGGCGAAGGCCGGGUCUCCCCAGAGAACACCACCAUCCGAUGUGCCAAGGGCAGCCACUGUUUUGGCCUGUGGGAGAAAAGUCCUCCAGGCGAAGUGCGACUGGUCAAACAAGGUUGCUGGACUCACCUGGGUGACCACCAGGGUUGCCGUGCUGACCGUUGCGUGGUGACUAACCUCCCUCCACAGAUCCAGAAUGGGACGUACCACUUCUGCUGCUGCGGGAGUGACAUGUGCAACAUCAACUUCACAGAGGACUUCCCGCUGCCCAGUCCCACCACUGCACAGCCCAUCUACCCUCGCACGCUGCGCUACGAAGAGACCGUAAUUAUCGCCCUGGCAACAGUCUCCGUGAUGGCUGUGGUUGCUGUAGCAGCCUUCUUUGGUUACCGCAUGAUGCACGGAGAUGGUAAGCAAGGUCUUCACAAUCUGAAUAUGAUGGAGGCUGCUGGCUCUGAGAGCUCUCUGGACCUAGACAAUCUCAAACUGCUGGAGCUGAUUGGACGUGGCAGAUACGGCAGCGUGUACUGUGGCUCUCUGGAUGAACGGCCCGUUGCUGUGAAGGUGUUCACUGCAGCCAACCGUCAGAACUUCCUAAACGAAUGCUCCAUCUACCGGCUACCGCUGCUGGAGCAUGAUAACAUCGCUCGGUUUGUGGCUGCCGACGAGCGGACAGGCUCAGAGGGACGGACCGAGUACCUGCUGGUCAUGGACUACUACCCACAUGGCUCUCUGAACCGCUACCUGAGUGUCCAGACCAACGAUUGGGUCAGCAGCUGCCGGCUUGCUCACUCAGUCACCCGUGGCCUGGCAUACCUGCACACGGAGCUCUUCAAAGGAGACUUGUACAAGCCAGCGGUUUCCCACAGGGACCUGAACAGCCGGAAUAUUCUCGUCAAGGCUGACGGCACGUGUGUCAUCAUCGACUUCGGCCUGUCCAUGAAGCUGACAGGAAACAGGCAGGCGCGUCAUGGGGAGGAGGAAAAUGCUGCUAUAAGUGAGGUGGGAACAAUCCGCUACAUGGCUCCAGAGGUUCUGGAGGGCGCAGUGAACCUGAGGGACUGCGAGUCAGCGCUGAAGCAGGUGGAUAUGUAUGCCCUGGGCCUGGUCUACUGGGAGACCUUCAUGAGAUGUACAGACCUUUUCCCCGGAGAGUCUGUGCCAGAGUACCAGAUGGCCUUUCAGGCGGAGGCAGGGAACCACCCGACAUUUGAGGACAUGCAGGUCCUGGUAUCCAGGGAGAAGCAACGGCCCAAAUUCCCUGAGGCCUGGAAAGAGAACAGUCUGGCGGUUCGCUCUCUGAAAGAGACGAUGGAGGACUGUUGGGACCAGGAUGCAGAGGCCCGCCUCACGGCGCAGUGUGCCGAGGAACGACUGGCAGAGCUGCUCCUCAUAUGGGACCGCUCCAAGUCCGUCAGCCCCACACUCAACCCCAUGUCCACUACACUACACAAUGAGAGAAAUCGUAUGACGCCAAAGUCUGGCCCGUACACAGACCAUCCAUCCACAUACAUCGAAGAGCAUGAGGGUGUGGCCAAGAACACACAGACUGACACCACUAGCUCUGUGGGUGGCAGAGCUGUUGCUGGGACCGGGGAGAGAAACAGGAAUUCCAUCAAUCAGGAGCGCCAGCAGCAAGCCAACGCCCGUCUGCCCAGCCCAGAGGGCAGCAGCAACAGCAUGGGUCUGAGAGGAAGCCCUUCAGCCUCCAUGACGACCACCACUAUCAUCUCUGAGUCCGAGGGACCCGCGGGGGCCGCCACAGUCCCCGUCUGCCUCCACCUGACCCAGGAAGACCUGGAAACCACCAAGCUUGACCCGAAAGAGGUGGACAAGAACCUGAAGGAGAGCUCAGAUGAGAACCUGAUGGAGCACUCACAGAAGCAGUUCUGCUCCCCAGACCCGCUGAGCCCCGGCAGUUCCAGCCUACUUUAUCCUCUCAUCAAGAUGGCCACCGAGGCCUCAGGCACAUCAGACGCCGCUGCCCCCAUGCCCACCACCAUCUUCCCCCUGCCCAAGCAGCAGAACCUGCCCAAGAGGCCGUCCAGUCUGCCCUUGCGCAACAAGCCCACCAAGAAGGAGUCGUCGUCAUCUUCGCUCAGGUUCAAAUUUGGACGCUCAGGCAAGUCCAACCUGCGGCAGGUGGAGGGAACAAAGAUGAACAUUGGUGCAGCAACAGGCACAAACACGGCUGUAGAGGCUCACCGGGGCACAGGCACGAACAACAUAAGUGUCUUACGAGACACGCAUGUCAACACUAGCGUUAACGGCGCUGUCAACGGUCACGCCAAUUCCGGUAUGUCAUCCAUGGCUACAGGUGGAGCGACCGGUUUUGGAGGAUCCGGCAUAAAUCAGAACGGGUCAGGGGCCCUGAGGUCGGACGACAGCCGCCUGAGCCUCGGUGUCAUCACAGCCAGCCCCGACGAACACGAGCCACUCCUGAGCCGAGAGCGAGAGCAGCCCGAUCCGAGAGACACGUCCUCGAGCGUCGCCGCCCUCCGCUCAGCCCGACCCAACACCAACAACAACAACAGCAACACCGGCCAUGGCCAGGGGGACGGGGAGAGUGGAGGAGAGAGUGAUGGAGGAGAGGAGGAGGGGAGUGGAGAAGGAGGAAGCCGGGAAACUACGGGGCCCCCAGGAGAAAGCUCGGGGUCUGGGUCUGGUGCCGCUGAGGAAGCUCCGGUCACCAUGAGAGGGGAAGCCCUGCUCAGGCAGCCCAGAGCGCGCAGGCCUGAGAGACCCAACUCCCUGGACCUGUCCUUCACAACACAGGAUCUAGCCUCACUAGGGGAGGGCUUAGUGCAGCCAGACGGAGCCUUGGGGACAGGAGACAAGAUCAAGAAGCGCGUCAAAACGCCUUACUCCCUCAAGAAGUGGCGGCCCACCACAUGGGUCAUCUCCACAGACACCAGGGGGCCGGAGGUCAACAACAACGGGUCCGCCCGCGGUCAAGCUCACAGCCAGAACCGGCCCAAGUCCAGUUCGGCUAUCUACCUGCGGGGGGGGAGCUUGGCCAACAGCGAGCCCAGCGACACACACGUGUGAGCUCGGACCCUUUGACAAUACAGAAAAAAUAACCAGAGAGCGUUUGGUUUCUGUCUGUUGAGCUCUCUGCUCCGAAUCAGCAAGAGGAAGCUAUGGAGUGUCUCGUGAACAAACAGUCGAGUCUGAUCAUGUACAGUAAUUAGGUUUGUCUCGCUCCUUUGUGUCUUUCUGAUGAUGGCAUUGCUUUAAAUGGAAUCCAGCUAUGCAGCAUUCUCAUCUGCUUCUGUUUCUGUGGUUUUAUUAAUCUCCCUUUGUCGGUUUGUUUCACGUUUCAUCCUCGCGAGCAUAGCAAUGUUUUGAAUGGAUUUCCUUUGUUUUGUUUUUUUUGUUUGUUUGUUUUGGUUUUUUUUUUUAUGUGCACUUUGAACCGAUUAAAAUCAGUGUUUAGAAAUCGUGUCUGUUGCGACCGCGACGAGAAGUGGUCUUUAAACUGAAAAAGGCGAUGAAAAACAAUCAACACUUGGAGCGUUACCUUUCUCGUACUUUGCUGUACCAAGCGACUCGAGAGUAGACGGUCUUAAAAGACGGAACAAACUACUUUAACUUUUUUUUUAAUUUCCUUGAUUUGUAUGCAAUACCAAUUUUUUGUCUUUUUGACUGUAUCCAUUUUUGUAUCAUAAUUUUUAAUUGUGCAAUAGGAUGUAGCUUUUAGAUGCUUUCGAUGUUUUUAUCGCUUCCAUUAUUUUGGUCAUUGUUUCCUCCCGUCAUUAUUUUAAUAUGUUAAUCUCUGUUGCACUUAUGAGUAGUUACAAUCGUUUUGUAAACAACCCUACCACACAUUCUCACCCCCUGACUCAGGAGGAGAAAAUGGAUGACAAUCCUCUCGGUUCUUCUCUUCUCUGGACUAUCUUUAAGGGGGCACAAACACUAACAACUGAUCCCAGCGGACUGAAGAAAGCGGGAUUUCAUGGAACUUGUCUGCUUGCACAAUUACACCAGGAAUGGCUCAAACUCUGGGGUCUCUUAAACACUACAAUCACUCAAAUCAAAUUUAUGGAGGGAUCUGUUACAGUGGCCGACUCAAUCACUGUACCACUAUCACCUGACCUCACUGUGGACUGUUUUUGACUGUAUUUAGCUGUCUGUAUGUGACUGAAAGACGAGAAACACUAGAAAGCCCAGAUUCUGCUCUUUGUACUCUGUUGGAAAUCAGAAAUUAGUCUAUAAAAAAAAAACAAAAAAAAAAAACCC